AAAUAACCUCUAAGAAAAAAUAAGGGAAGCCGUGAAGUAAAGAAAAGAACUAAAGACUAACAGAACCAAAAGGGUACUCUUCCGGCGAAGAAUCACGACUUUGUCACCGUAAACUCUAACGCUCACAUCUCUUCUUCCACCGGAACUCGCAACUUCGAUUCGGGGAGGGAAGACGGUGAAGAUUGGUAAAUUCUAAGAAUCGUUGAGAUGUCAGCACUUUUCAAUUUCCACUCAUUUCUAACUGUGAUACUUCUGGGGAUAUGUGCCUGCACUUAUUUCAAGAUGCAGUUUCCGGCAAUCCUAGAUCAGAAAACUGGAUUUCGUGGUUUCUUCUGGAAGGCGGCGAGAAUAGGGGCGUCCAUUCUAUACCGCAGUUUUAUGCGCAAAUUGCAGAUCUACGAAAUGAGAGUUUGUACUUACGAUUUCAUCGGAGCCCUUGACACAAAUUUGUUCCACCAUAUUGUUAAUUAUUUUUUCUUUGUUGUUGAAAUUAAGUGGAGUUUUUGCCAUUAAUCCCCAGGGUAACGUCAUUACAUGAAAUUCAAAUUGCUACUUAUGAUGGGGGAUCGUGCUAAUGUCCAUAGCUUUGUCCAAAUUUUAUGAGCAUGAUGCCUUCGAAUCUGAACUAAGCUGCUAAUAUACUAACUAUAUAGAUUAAUCAUAUAGCAGCUGGCGUGAAUACUUUUAAUGAUGAAUAGUUGAAUAUUUCCAACAGAACUUGAAA